AUGCCUCACUUACGCUUUCGUCGAGAAACAGAUGACAGGAACGAGACAUAUUUCGUCGAGAAAUCAAGUAGAAGAGUUAGUGAUACCAGAAACAUAGGUAAGGAUUCUUGUUUAUCAAACUUUCAAAAGCUUUCCUGGAAAAAGAAAUACUAUGAAAAGCUUCCUCAUCAUCUCAAGUCUUGCUUAGAUUAUAUGUUUAUCAGAAAAUAUAGUAAUAAACAUGAUCUGGUUCGGCUUUUGGUGGCCGAAGGUCUAAUAGCAGAGAGAUCAGGGGAAAGCAUGGAGGAUGUUGCAGAAAGUAUUAUUAGUGAGUUAAUCGAGCUGCGAAUGCUUCAAGGAUAUCUUCUAAACGUUGUUAAACCCUACAAUAAUAUAUGUAGUGCUGAUGUAGAUGAACACAAAUUUAUGUCUAAAGCUGAACAUUUACCUGUACGUGCUGUUGUCAAUAUUGACGCAAGGAACCAUCAGUCAAUUGACUUUAAAAACCUAAAAAUCUGUAGUCUGUUUUUGGCUGCUGAAUACAAUUGGGAUCCUUAUCGAGGUUUUCCCCUGGCCUUUAUGCAAGAUAUCUGCAAGUUGCAAUUUUUGGUGGUGUUGAGAAUAAUUGCGGUCAUUGAAUCCAUUCCUGAUGAAGUGGGGAAUUUGGUUAACCUCAAAUAUUUGAGGCUGGCCUCUUCAAAAACUUCAAACUCUGGAAGACUACGAGAACUGCCGGUGGAUGUGCUGAAACUUCAUCAGCUGAGGCACCUGCUACUUUGUUGCGUCAAUGACUUGGCAGUCAGAGUACCGAAAGGGAUUGGAAUGUUGGCGAAUCUUCAAACAUGCCAAGGCGUGUAUGCUGGAUACGGUAUUGCUAAUGAAUUGGGUACUUUAACCCAACUUCGUAGAUUUGGCGCUAAAGGUGUCUCUGAAGGUCAUUCCAGUGAGCUAGCUGCAGCUAUUAUGAACAUGGGAAACCUUCUAUCGUUGUCUUUGGAAGCAGAGGACGCAUGGAUUGAUGGCGAAUACAAAGGCGUUUUACCUCAACUUGAAAACUUUUCCCCUCCGCAUUUUGUUCAAAAACUGACUUUAUCUGGAGCUUUAAUUGAAAUCCCCAACUGGGUUGCUUCUAUGGAGAAGCUUAUCAAGUUAACUUUAACUCGGUCUAAUUUAUCGCAGGAUGGAGUUUCUCUUCUUCAACAUCUUCCCCUAUUAAAACAUUUGUAUCUAUGUGAAGCCUACGAUGCAAAGAUCAUCGGCAAAGAAUUUUGCAAGGCUGGGGGUUUUCCAAAGCUAGAAACUCUCAAAUUUGCUUCUGAGCGUCUAGUAGAGUGGGCCGAGAUAGUGAAUGGAGCUUUUCCAAAUUUGAGGUAUCUCGAAUUUAAAAAAUGUAUGAAUUUUAGGUUUGUUACGGGAGAUUUACAAAAUAUUUCUACGCUUCAAGAACUAACUUUCUUGUUAGUACAUGGAGACCUUGUAAGGCAACUGCAUGGUGAAGACAUGUACAAGAUUAAACAAAUUCCGAAAGUGAACUAUUUUGACUUUCAAAGUUAUUGGACUCGCGCAACCUGGGAGAAUAUAUGA